GGGAGAGAAAGAGAGCAGGAGAGAAGGAGAGGGAAGAAGACUUAUCUUCUCCACACGGCUACUGUAGAAUGUCUCAACGCCUCUCUCCACCUAUAGUGUAGAAUGUCUCAACGCCUCUGAUCACGACAUACAGAAUCAAGGCAUCCUGAUCAUCUCGGAUGUGUCGGAUUUAAUAAAGAGAGAACACAUUGCUAGACUAUUGACAAUUUGAUUUUGUCAUUGGAGGUUAUUUUCCAUUAUUCUUCUUCUUUUCUUGAAGUCGUUUAUUCUGGAACAGCAAGUACGUGGGGUACAGCGCCUGCUCUGCUUUGACGACUGUCUCCAGCUGUGGAGAGAAGCUUGACUCGGGACUAUUUCCCUGAGCCCCGGUUGGAUUUAGGAGAAGCGCGACUUAAAACCGAAAAGACAACAGUUUUUUUUAAACCAAAAAGUGGAGUUAUUGUGAACUUGUGAGAAGAUCACCAGGCCUGUGGCAAUGUGUCGGGGGCGGCUGGUGAGGCUGGCGGUGGGUCUGGUGGCGGUCCUGUCGCUGUGGACGGAGCCUGGCGGGGCUGAGGCUGAGCAGGCUGGGCAGGCUGGGGGAACCGGAGGAGAAGCUAGACUUACCGAAGGCGAGCUGGUGUCUUUGCCGUUAUUAACUGUAGACAGCGAGCCGGCCAGGCAGACUCCGACCCAACCCAGAGCCAGUCGGGCCAAGCGGAGGGGAGGAGGAACAGACGUCCUCAAAGGGCCCAAUGUGUGUGGCUCUCGUUUCAACUCCUACUGCUGUCCAGGAUGGAAGACUCUGACAGGGGGCAACCAGUGCAUCGUCCCUAUCUGUCGGAGCUCGUGUGGAGACGGGUUCUGCUCCAGACCCAACAUGUGUACCUGUCCCACCGGAUCCAUCUCUCCUUCUUGUGGAUCCAUGUCAGUCCAAAACUGUAACAUCCGCUGUAUGAACGGUGGGAGCUGUGCUGAUGACCACUGCCAGUGUCAGAAAGGAUACGUGGGAAACCACUGCGGCCAACCGGUGUGUGAGACAGGUUGUCAGAAUGGAGGACGGUGUGUGGCUCCUAACCGCUGUGUUUGUACCUACGGCUUCACGGGGGCACAGUGUGAGAGAGACUACCGUACAGGGCCGUGCUUUGCGUCUGUGAGUAACCAGAUGUGCCAGGGCCAGCUUACGGGCAUCGUGUGUACCAAGACGCUGUGCUGUGCCACCGUGGGGAGGGCAUGGGGACACCCCUGUGAGAUGUGCCCCGCCCAGCCUCACCCCUGCAGGAGAGGAUUUAUACCCAACCACCGUACUGGAGCUUGUCAAGAUGUGGAUGAGUGCCAGGCCAUCCCAGGUCUGUGUCAGGGUGGGAACUGUAUCAACACUGUGGGAUCCUUCCAGUGUAAAUGUCCUGCUGGACACAAGUUCAAUGAGAUCACACAGAAAUGUGAAGAUCUAGAUGAGUGCUCUAGCAUCCCAGGUCUGUGUAGUGGAGGAGAGUGUUCCAACACGGUGGGCAGUUACUUCUGCAGGUGUUCUCAGGGCUACUACACUCCAGUGGAUGGCUCCAGGUGUAUAGAUGCCCGGGGUGGGUACUGCUAUGCCAGCCUGCUGAACGGCCGUUGUGCCAACCAGAACUCCCAGCUCCUGACCAAGAUACAGUGCUGCUGUGACAGUGGGCGCUGCUGGUCAGACGGGUCCAGUCCUGAGUUGUGCCCCAUGACAGGGACUGAUGAGUACCAGAAGCUGUGCACACAGGUGCAGACCAGUCCAGGGGGGGGGCCUCUCCCAGGCGGGGGAGGGACUCUCCCAGGUGGAGGAGGGCCUCUCCCAGGCGGGGGAGGGGGAAUACCAGGAGUUCCCCAGGUCCCAGGUAUCUACCCAAGACCACCCUACCCAGGACCACCAAUCCCUUUUCAGCCUCCGCCUGGACCAGGUCAAUACCCUGGACCCAGCAUCAUCCAGACCCAGAACAUCAGUACCAGUAUUACUAACAUGUGUGCGGUAUACAGGAACUUGUGUCUGAACGGCCGCUGUGUCCCCUCCCCUGGAAGCUACCGCUGUGACUGUAACAUGGGCUUCAGACUAGACUCACGAGGAGAGUGUAUCGAUGAUGAUGAGUGUGAGCGGAACCCGUGUGUGAACGGAGAAUGUGUGAACACGGCUGGAUCCUACUUCUGCCAGUGUCCUGCUGGCUUCCAGUCUACUGCUACCAGGACCGAGUGCAGAGACCUGGAUGAGUGUGUGGCAAACGGUCGGAUCUGUAACAACGGAAGGUGUGUGAACACUGAGGGGAGCUUCCACUGUGUCUGCAACGCCGGCUUUGAGAUCUCUACUGACGGGAAGAACUGUCAAGACAUGGAUGAGUGUCUGAUCAGGAACAUGUGUUUGAAUGGGAUGUGCAUCAACGACGAGGGAAGCUUUAAAUGUAUUUGUAAACAUGGCUAUCUGCUCGACCCAACCGGGCGCUUUUGUGUAGACAUUGAUGAGUGUGAGACUCCAGGGAUCUGUAUGAACGGCCACUGUGUGAAUACGGAGGGGUCCUUCAGGUGUGAGUGUAUGGCUGGUCUGGCCGUGGGUCUGGAUGGCCGCGUCUGUGUCGACACACAUAUGCGCAGCACUUGUUAUGGAGGAUACAAGCGGGGACAGUGUGUGAAGCCAUUCUUCGGAGCCGUGACCAAGUCAGAAUGCUGCUGUGCCAGUGUGGAGUACGCCUUUGGAGAGUCCUGCCAACCAUGCCCACCCCAAAACUCAGCUGAGUUCCUGGCCCUGUGUAGUAACGGCCCCGGCACCACCAGCGAUGGCAGAGAUAUCAAUGAGUGUGCUCUGGACCCAGACAUCUGUCAGAACGGUGUGUGUGAGAACAUGCUGAGGACCUAUAAGUGUAACUGUAACAUGGGCUUUGAGGUGGACACCACUGGAAAACACUGUGUUGACAUAGAUGAGUGUGCAGUGAACAGGUUACUGUGUGACAACGGCCUGUGCAGGAACACUCCAGGUAGUUUCACCUGCCUCUGUCCCACCGGCUUCCUGUUCCACGCUGAGACGGAUGUCUGUGAAGACAUUGAUGAGUGUGAGUCGAAGCCGUGUGUGAACGGGGACUGUAAGAACAGCCCGGGGUCCUACGUGUGUCUCUGCUCAGCAGGCAGCACGCUGGACGCCUCUGGAACACAGUGUAUAGAGACCAGUAAAGGCACAUGUUGGCUGAAGGUGAUUAACGGACGCUGUGAGAUCAACAUCAACGGAGCCACUCUGAAAUCCCACUGCUGCUCCACACUGGGAGAGGCCUGGGGAAGUCCCUGUGCCAAGUGUGAACCAGAUCAUUUCUGCACUAAGGGUUAUGCUAGAGUCAGAGGGACCAUCUGUGAAGAUGUUAAUGAGUGUGAGGUGUUUCCGGGGGUGUGUAUCAAUGGGAAGUGUGUGAACACCGUGGGUUCCUUCAUCUGCCAGUGUCCCUCUGGGAUGACCGUCGACGCCACCGGACGAACAUGUAUAGACCUGCGUACAGAGCAGUGUUAUCUGAGCCACGAGGAUGAGCGUUGUGGAGCCCCUAUCCCGGGUCGUCACCGUGUGGACGCGUGCUGCUGCUCGGUGGGUGUGGCCUGGGGCCCGGAAUGUGACGAGUGUCCGGAGAAAGGCUCUCAGGAGUACAGCCAGCUCUGUCCCAGGGGACCCGGCUUCGCAAACAGAGGAGACUUCAUUAAUGGACGGCCCUUCCUCAAAGAUAUAAACGAGUGUAAGAUGAUCCACAGCUUGUGCUCCAAUGGGAAGUGUAGGAACACCAUCGGUAGUUUCCGUUGUCGCUGUGACAACGGCUUCGCUCUGGACUCUGAUGAGAGGAACUGUACAGACAUCGAUGAAUGCCGUAUCUCUCCAGACCUGUGUGGUCAGGGCACGUGUGUGAACACAGGUGGGGACUUCGAGUGCGAAUGUUUUGAAGGUUACGAGAGCGGCUUCAUGAUGAUGAAAAACUGCAUGGACAUUGAUGAGUGUGAGCGGAACCCUCUGCUGUGUCGCGGUGGUGAGUGUGUGAACAACGAGGGCAGCUUCCAGUGUUUGUGUCCCGACGGACAUGAGAUUGCCCCCGACGGAUCCGCCUGUCUCGAUAUUAAUGAGUGUGAACUGAGUGAGAAGCUGUGUCGGAACGGUCAGUGUGUGAAUAUGAUUGGACGUUACCAGUGUUCCUGUGAUACUGGAUAUAAAUCCACGGAGGACAGACUGGCCUGUGUCGACAUUGAUGAGUGUACGAUCCAGAAUGGAGGUUGUGAGACAUUCUGUACCAACUCAGAGGGGAGCUAUGAGUGCAGCUGUCGCUCUGGAUACGCCCUGAUGCCAGACCUCAGGACCUGCACUGACAUUGAUGAGUGUGAGGACAGUCCAGACAUCUGUGACGGAGGCCAGUGUACCAACAUCCCAGGAGAGUACCAGUGUCUCUGCUUCGAUGGAUUCAUGUCUUCUGAAGAUAUGAAGACCUGUCUGGAUGUGGAUGAGUGUGAGCUGAACCCUAACAUCUGUCUGAGUGGGAAUUGUGAGAACAGCAAGGGAUCCUUCAUCUGCCAUUGUGACAAGGGCUACUCCGUACGCAAGGGAACCACCGGCUGCACAGAUAUUAAUGAGUGUGAGAUUGGGGCCCAUAAUUGUGACAGACAUGCCUCAUGUACCAACACGGCUGGCAGCUUCAAGUGUAGCUGUGCUCCGGGAUGGAUUGGAGACGGGAUCAAAUGCACAGACCUGGAUGAGUGUUCCAACGGGACCCACAUGUGCAGCAACAACGCAGACUGUCUGAACACCAUGGGAUCAUACCGCUGCCACUGCAAGGACGGAUUCUCUGGGGACGGAUUCUACUGCUCAGACAGCGAUGAGUGUGCAGAUAACGUGAACCUGUGUGAGAGCGGUAACUGCCUGAAUGUUCCUGGAGGCUACCGUUGUGAAUGUGACAUGGGUUUCAUCCCAACCCCGGACGGAAAGGCCUGCGAGGACAUAGACGAGUGUACCUUUGCUGAUAUCUGUGUGAAUGGGAGGUGUCAGAACAUUCCGGGGCUGUUCAGGUGUCAGUGUAGCAUCGGCUACGAGCUGGACAGGAGCGGAGGCAACUGCACUGACAUUAAUGAGUGUGCUGACCCGACCACCUGUAUCAGUGGACUGUGUGUCAACACCCCAGGUAGCUACAUCUGUAACUGUCCUCAAGACUUUGAACUCAACCCCACCCGCGUGGGCUGUGUAGACACUCGUUCUGGUGACUGCUAUCUGGACGUGCGGAUGCGGGGGGAUGCGUCUGAGAGUUUGGUCUGUUCCAAUGAGAUAGGUGUGGCGGUGUCCAAAGCCUCCUGCUGCUGUUCUCUAGGGCAGGCCUGGGGAACACCCUGCGAAUCCUGCCCCCCUCUCAACUCCUCGGAGUACAAGACGUUGUGUCCAGGAGGAGAGGGAUUCAGACCUAACCCCAUCACUGUUAUACUGGAAGACAUCAAUGAGUGCCAGGAGCUGCCAGGCCUGUGUCAAGGAGGAAACUGCAUCAACACCUUUGGUAGCUUCCAGUGUGAAUGUCCCAAAGGCUUCCAACUCAACGAGGAGAACAGAGUCUGUGAAGAUGUUAAUGAGUGUGAGCGUCCAGGUAUCUGUGGACCAGGCCAGUGUUACAACACCAUAGGAAACUACACCUGUAUCUGCCCUGUGGACUACAUGCAGGUCAAUGGGGGAAACAACUGUAUGGACAUGAGGAAGAGUUUCUGCUACAGGAACUUCUACUCUGACAACGGGACGUGUGACGGAGAGUUGACCUUCAACAUGACCAAGAAGAUGUGCUGCUGCUCCUACAACAUUGGACGGGCCUGGAACAGACCCUGUGAACAGUGUCCUGUACCCAGCACCAAUGAGUUUGCCAUUCUGUGUGGAAGUGAGAGACCAGGAUACUACAUUGAUAUCUACACAGGACAGGUCAUCGACAUUGAUGAGUGCAGGGAAAUCCCAGGUGUGUGUGAGAACGGCGUGUGUAUCAACAUGAUUGGCAGCUUCAGGUGUGAGUGUCCAAUGGGCUUCCUCUACAAUGACAAGCUGCUCAUCUGUGAAGACAUUGAUGAGUGUCAGAAUGGGCCAGUGUGCCAGCAGAAUGCAGGCUGUCUCAACAUGCCUGGUAGCUACCGCUGUGAAUGUAAACCUGGAUACCGCUUCACCCCCACUGGACAGUGUCUGGAUCGCAAUGAGUGUGUGGAGAACCCAGGAGUGUGUAGCCCAGGCCAGUGUAUUGAUACGUUGGGAAGCUAUCGCUGUAUCUGCCCCAAUGGUUUCAAGGCUACAUCAGACCUGGCUAUGUGUAUAGAUGUGGAUGAGUGUGAGAGACAGCCAUGUGGAAACGGGACCUGUAAGAACACAGUGGGAUCCUAUAACUGCCUGUGUUAUCCAGGCUUUCAGCUCUCACACAACAAUGACUGCAUAGAUACGGAUGAGUGUUCGAGCCAGAGAGGGCUGUGUAGGAACGGGAACUGUAUUAACACCCUGGGCUCCUUCGUGUGUGUGUGUCGCGAUGGCUACGAACUCAGCGCCGACGGAAGAAUUUGUGUUGACAUCAAUGAGUGUGCAGUGAACCCUGGGACUUGUGGUCCAGGCACCUGUCAGAAUCUGGACGGUUCCUACAGGUGUAUCUGCCCACUUGGCUACUAUAUACAGGACGAGACCUGUGAAGAUAUUGAUGAGUGUUCUCAGACCCCAGACAUCUGUCUGUUUGGGACCUGCUCCAACACUGAGGGCAGCUUCACCUGUGUGUGUCCUGCCGGCUUUCAGCUGUCCUCCUCAGGACGCAGAUGCGUGGAUGUCCGUGUGAACUACUGUUAUACUAAGUUUGAGAGUGGUCGCUGCCUGGCCCCUAAGCCUCUGAACACCACUAAAGGGGACUGCUGCUGUAGUGCCAUGCCUGGUCAGGGCUGGGGAGACCCCUGUGAGAUCUGCCCAGGCAAGAAUGAGGAGGCGUUUACAUCUCUCUGCCAUGCGGUUGGACAGGUGUUUGGCCCUGAUGACCAGCCCAUAGACAUUGAUGAGUGCACCGCCAACCCCAACAUCUGCAACAACGGUCAGUGUAUCAACACGGACGGGUCGUUCCGAUGUGAGUGUCCCUUUGGCUUCCGACUCGACACCUCAGGGAUCAACUGUGAAGAUACUAAUGAGUGUGACCUGGGGAACCCGUGUGGAAAUGGAACGUGCACUAACGUGAUUGGAGCGUUUGAGUGUGCAUGUGACGAAGGCUUCGAACCCGGACCCAUGAUGUCUUGUGAAGAUGUGAAUGAGUGUUCCCAGAAUCUUUUGCUGUGUGCGUUCCGCUGCGUGAACGUGAUUGGUUCCUACGAGUGUAAAUGUCCAACAGGCUACGUGCUGCGAGAGGACAAGAGGAUGUGCAGAGACCAGAAUGAGUGUGAGGAUGGGCUGGAUGACUGUGAGAGCAGAGGGAUGCGCUGUAAGAACCUCAUCGGAACCUACAUGUGUAUCUGUAACCCUGGUUACACACGGGCCCCUAACGGAGAGGGCUGCAUAGAUCUGAACGAAUGCUCUGCUAAGCCAGGUAUCUGUGAGAACGGUCGUUGUGAGAACACGGUUGGAAGCUAUCGCUGCAGGUGUGACCAAGGCUUCAGCGCCAACCCUACACAGACUGAAUGUAUAGAUAACCGCCAGGGACUGUGUUUCACGGAGGUGUUGACUACACUGUGCCAGAUGCAGUCCAGUAGCAGGAACAGUGUGACUAAGUCUGAGUGUUGCUGUGACGGAGGACGAGGCUGGGGCUCUAACUGUGAGCUGUGUCCUCUACCUGGGACCACACACUACAAGAAGAUGUGUCCACUGGGGCCCGGAUACACAACAGACGGCAAAGACAUAGAUGAGUGUCGUGUGAUGGGGAACCUGUGUGUGAACGGACAGUGUGUCAACAGCCUGGGCUCCUACAGCUGUGUGUGUAAAACUGGGUACACCACAGAUAUCACUGGCACCCUGUGUGUGGAUAUGGAUGAGUGUGUGCAGGCUCCUAAGCCGUGUAACUUCCUCUGUAAGAACACAGAGGGAAGCUACCUCUGUUCCUGUCCCAGAGGAUACAUCCUGCAGGAGGACGGCAAGAGCUGCCGAGAUCUGGAUGAGUGUCAGAGCAAACAGCACAACUGUCAGUUCCUGUGUGUGAACACCAUCGGAGGAUUCACCUGCAAAUGUCCUCCAGGCUUCACCCAGCACCAUACUGCCUGCAUAGAUAAUAAUGAAUGUGGGUCGGACCCUGCUCUGUGUGGCUCUAAUGGUGUGUGUCAGAACAGCCCAGGCAGCUUCAACUGCGAGUGUACUAGAGGAUUCUCAAUGGACCCCAAUGGACAGAGCUGUGAAGAUAUGGAUGAGUGUGAUGGUAGCCACCGUUGUCAACAUGGCUGUCAGAACCUGGUGGGAGGGUACCGGUGUAGCUGUCCUCAGGGAUACCUACAACACUAUCAAUGGAACCAGUGUGUCGAUGAGAACGAGUGCCAGAACACUCAGAUCUGUGGGGGAGCGUCAUGCCAUAACACCCUGGGGAGCUUCCGUUGCCUCUGUCCCACUGGGUUCAACUACGGAGACCAGGGGGGGUGCAGUGACAUCAACGAGUGCUCCUCCUCCUCUAAUCCAUGUAACUACGGCUGUUCCAACACAGACGGAGGGUAUCUCUGUGGCUGUCCACCUGGAUACUACCGCGCUGGACAGGGGCACUGUGUGUCAGGCGUGGGCUUUGGUAGUGGUGUGAGUCUGGGCCAGGGAGGAGGAGGAGGAGGAGGAGGAGGAGGAGGAGCAGCAGAGGUGGGUGACAACGAUCUGUCUCCUGAGGCCUGCUACGAGUGUAAGAUCAACGGUUACCCCAAGAAGGGGCGCAAACGCCGCGACACCAACUCAACGCUGGAGCAACCUCUGGACAAUGCACAGCAUCAGGAGACAGUGAGUCUGGAGAGUGUGGACAUUGAGGACACCCUGCUGUUCAACCUGAACAUGUCCGGCCUGUCCAGCCGAGACCACAUCCUGGAGUUCACCCCGGCCCUGUCCACACUCAACAACCACGUGCGCUACUCCAUCGACUACGGCAACGAACUGGGCUACUUCAAGAUCAGCCAGAGGGAGGGGCUUAGCUACCUGCACCUGUCCAAGAGGAAGUCCCUCCCCCCUGGAGCCUACUUCCUGCAGAUCAGUAGCGUGGCCGUGUACAGGAAGAAGGAGCUGGCAGCGCUGGAGGACAGCAACGAUAAAGACUACCUCACAGGCCAGCUGGGAGACACACUCACCAUGAGGGUGCAAAUAGUCCUGCAUUAACCUACACUACAGGACUGACUGGGGUGGCUGGUCUGGGCUGGGUGGGGAGUGUCUGCCUGUAAACACUGGUCUAGGAACAGAUUAAUUUACCCGUGAUCCAUAUCUCAACCAUUAGGAUGGGGAGAGAAGAUCUGACCCUGGGUCAGUGGUUAUGGGCAACUUCUACCUACUCUGGAGAGAGAGCUUGGGACAAUCUCAACGCCAAAGAGACUAAUGGGUGGGUGGGGGGAGGGGGGAUUGCGUUGUUUGAUUCCCAAAGAUGAUUCUACAUAUCAUAGAUACAACCUUUAGUGCUACAGUGUAGGCCUAACCCACUGGCUACAGUAUGGCUGUCUGAAGAAAGGCUUAGAGAAUGAGAAUGACAUGGAGGGAAGACAUGACAAUGACACAACAAUAACCACUCUAAACUGCUCUGUGCAGGAAGCUCUGGUUUGAAUGUUUUUUUAUAUUUUUUUUAAUGAAAAAGGUUUAUAUGAAAUAGGUUUUGUAUGAUGAUAUGUGGAAUCUGCCACUCUUUUGUGGGACAUGUAAGGCAAAUGCCAUAUCCCCCCAUAGCCCCUACCCCCAAGACCAUGAGGGUAGCUAGGGAGUAUGGGGUAGGAGGUAGGGGCUAGCGGUGGAUUUGGACUGAGUAGCAGAGUGCAGAAGUCACUGAUGCUGAGUGUUCACAGCUUGGCAGAGGUGGAAGUGAAAGGCAGCGUUCAGAUUCUCCACCCUUCUCCCUGAAGUGUGCACUUGCUCACUCCCCCUUCAUGGUUCACAAAGCAUUGGCUGCUAAGGAGAGUUUCCACCAUAUUAGGUAAACCAGUCCAUUCCUUUCAAAUCCCUGAGGGGAGAAGGGUAGGGAAUCGAACCGUAGCUAAAGUCUUUAGCUAGAAGGACCCCUCUUCCUCAUCAUAACUAUGCUUCUUCAUCUUCCCCACUGACUAGACUUCAGCAUUACACAUAUUUACUGGUGCUAGUAACAAAUCCACAUAGACUUAUAAAUGCACUGUAAUACUCAACACACAGUAGCUGUCUGUCUACUGUCCUUUUAAUAAGAUGUCAGACGUCUUCUUUUCAACCAAAACCAAAGUAACAGCCUGUCUGCUCUCUAUACCACAUGUAAAUGAAGUGUGUUUAUACUGUAAUCAAUGCCAUGUUUAGAAUGUUAAUCUAUGAAGCCUUUUGUAAACUAGAGAACGCCCCUGAGAGGAGGGGGUGUAAUGGUGCUUAUAAUGACCUACUACUUCCUUUGAUAAACUGUAUACACACACACAACACAAAUACACACACACACCCUCAAACACACUCAAAACAUACACCGUUCUGAUGCCAAACCUGUGCCUUCAUGAUUAUGCACUGAGGUCGACGCGGCCACACACACUUUUCGCUCGUACAAUCAGUGCUCCGUAGCGAAGUCAAUCAGACCAGCCCCAGACUCAUCCGUCUGUCGCUCUGUCACAUCAGUGCUCCGUAGCGAAGUCAAUCAGACCAGCCGCAGACUCAUCCAUCUGUCGCUCUGUCACAUCAGUGAGGGUUUAGUUGUAAAGUCACAAUAAAAACUUGUUUUGUUUAAAAGG